AGGGAUUUAGUUCAAAGUUCUUUGUGUCUCACCCGGACUCGCGAGUCACGGCCGCCGGAUCGCGGCGAGCCCACGAUCGCCCAGCCAAGCGUGAUUUCCGGGCCGGAAAUAGAAGGCCCAUGGUGAUUGCCAUAUUUGUCAACACGCUGGCGUGCAUCGUUUGGGCUUCGCAUGGAUGGUGGGUUCGCAAGAGUGGUUUUCAACAAUACACUGACCUCCUGACUCAGUCCAAGCAGAAGAGAGACAAGCGAGCACAAGCUUUGGCUGACAAGGCCGGCUUGAAGCUCUUCAAUGUGGUUUGCAAGAUCUAUGUGCAGUCAGUACUUUUCGCCAACACACUGGCUGCCGUGAUGAUGGCCAAUGUCUACGACGGCCUUGGGUUCCAAGCCUUGGUGAUGAUUUCCAUGUAUGUGGCUUGCUUUUUGAUCGCAUCCGACUUCGUGCCACUCGGGCCAAAGAACUGCGACCACAUCGCCCUUUGGGGUCACGUCCUGCUGUUGCUGGUGGUUCUUUGCCCCAGCUCGGACAUGGAGUUCGUGAUCAUGGGGGGCGCCCGGUCGUUGUUGCGGGUCUUCUCCGGCAUCCUUUUCCGAGAUCUUUGGAAGGUGCUCUCAGCUAACAUGGUCUUGAGCUUGGCGUCGAUUUGGCAGAUCACCCGGGCAGCCCAGGCGAUGGAUGGACCGGGUCACUGCUUCGCUGCGAUUUGCUCUGAGACGCUUUGCGUGGUGCAGGUGGCCUUGGUAGUACUCCUGGUCCAAAGCUUGGUGGGUGAGCUAACGGAUUCGCGGCUCCACAUCAUGAACAUCACUGCAAAGAGCCAUGCGCGGAGGAAUUUGCUCUCAGUCUUGGUGGAUGCAGAUAUCACAUUGGAUGCCAACUUGAAGAUUUGUGCUCCCAGCAACAAAGCCCAGCACUUCUUCACACAAGACCUGGCAAAAGAUGUGACCUCUGUGGAAGGGAUGAAGUUUCAUCACCUGGUGGCAGAGGCAGAUCGCUCGAAGCUGCGAGAAUUUCUCAAUCGUGGCGGCAUGAACUCCACCGGCGAGACGGUGGAUGGUUGGAGCGAAAGCUCUCGAUCCAUUCAGGGCGGAGGCAGCCCGGCCUCGUCCAUGUCAAUUCAGAUGGGCAAGUCCGGGCGGUUCCUUCAACUCUUUCACGCCAGUAUCCCCGUGAUGGACCGAGAGGAAAAGCGGCAGCCUCGACAUUUGGUGGGAAUCCAGGAACAUUUCAGCGCGCAAGAAGUCCGGGACACCGUCGAGCCCGAUGUCUUCUUCGACCACAAUCCCGACGCCGAACAGGUGUAUUUGUCAGCCCCAAAUUUGGCUGCGCAGCAGCAAGGCUUCCAGGGCCCCGCACGGCGACCGCCUAGCACCGGCUCGCACGCCUCACGAGAUUCGAAGCGCUCAGCGAGUUCUGCCUCUUCUUUGCGGUCCUCGGUGGCGGGGCUACCAGAGGUGGGCAGCAUCUCCUUCAUUUUCAAUGCCUACUCAGAAGGUUUGAGCAUUGUGGAAGCCACCUUGCGCUUCGACACCUUUAAGGACCAUGAACCAAGGGUCCCCGAGAUGAGGCACUGGAUCCGCAGUCGCCAUUGGGACCAGUUCCGCAACUGGGUCCAGACGGAGGCGCAGCGCUGCUGUUUGGGACAGACUGACCAGGGCAACUGCUUCGAGGGGCCUCUGGAAUUCUAUUACCCGGGGCAGCCGGACAUGACCCUGGUCGCUGGCAGUGUUGCGGUCAUGGGUAUCCAACAGAAUGGAGAGAGCGAGGACGGCAAUGAGGAAGAAGAGGAGGAGGAGGGUGAUGAUGAUGAGAUCGGCAAGGAUCCUGAAGAGGCUUUGCGAAUUCACGGUGGGUUGUUGAAGCAAAGCCGACAGGACACGAUGGACACCACGCAAAACCCAGGUGGAGAGCAUUCUGCCUCCAGCGGCAGCAUGGGCUGCAACGCCAGUCCUCCGAUGACCGGCAAAGGCUCCCAGGAGGAUAGCAAGGAAGAUGAGGUGGCUGAGAACCCCUUCUUUGACCAAGAUGCUGAGGCUGAGGUCGAUGCUCUCCUGGUGGAAGUGGAAUGCAAGGCCUUCUCCCAGUACCGAAGCUUGAAUUCCAAGCCUCGCAAGUCGAAGCGCUACGGGCACUUGUGCCGCAACCGGCCACAUGAGCCAAGUCUCGAUGCGAUUCCGGAGCGACCCUUUCGAGACUAAGCGACCCACGGGCGAGGAUGGCGGCCAGGCUUGCUGGCCAUUUGCACCCUAGACAAAGCCGCGCUUUGCACUGUCUUCCGAUGUGUUCAGAGUCACUUGGAUCACCUAUCCGCAAAUAAAGGGGAUCCAAAUGAACAUGAAGAGGCAGUGGCUCCCUGCUAGAACAACUCCGCGUAAAGCCUCGUAAUCUCAAACGUGCUGCGGGAGAAACCUCAGACCAAAGUAUAUAAACAUGUUUGAACAUGUUCAAAAUGCUUUGGAAUCUCUUUGAUCCGUGUGUGAUUCUCCAUGUACGUCAUCUAAGUACCGAGUCUUUGAGCGAGUACCAAGGUUUCACGAGCCAGGGUGCUGGCUUGAAAGUAAGCCCGUCCCGCCCCAAGGGCGCAAAGAAGCCCCUUCGGCCCUGAGUUGUAGCAUUCAGGAAAGGCAUCCCUUGGUGAACGAAGGAAGGGGCUAUCCGCUGAUAUCCGGAAACAAAUCUUUA